ACGUAGUGAGCUAUUAGUAAAUGGCGGUUGCGAACAGGGUGGACAGUAAACAUUACCACGGUUAUAACUCUAACUGUCUAACUAUCAUCAAAAACAUGUACUCGACUGUGUCGGAAAUACAGAGCAGUUACAAAAUGUUUAUUUUCAACUUUCAGGUCGUGCUGACAGCAAAUUCACUGCCAAAGAGAGGGAAACGACGCAAACGUUUAACUAAUGGAAAACGAAGAUGGAGAAAAGGACACGGAGUGUGAAGUUUCUGAGCUCCGUCUGAAAGUGGAGUCGUUGAAGCAGGAGCUCCACGACUGCAGAGCUGAGUUGACAAAGUUACAGAAACAACUGAACCAGUCCGACAGACUGCAGAAGAGCACAGAGAGCUACAAUGAAGACCUGAGGAAACAGGUGGACCAGCUGAGCGCAGAAAUUCAUGAACGGAAGAAGAAAAACAAAGACAGAGUCGACAGUGAAACUCAGACAGAGGAAUAUGUUUGGACAGAAACUGAUUAUUACAACUACUACUACCCAGGCUACCCAGAGGCUUCAGACACUCAGGAAGCCCUGAACACAGAAGCAGCAGUGGAUGGAGCUGAUGGUGGCGAGGCAGCAGAGGCUUCAACACUAAAUGAAGCAUCAGCAGCUGCUGAUACUAACACUAACCCUGACAACAGUGUUGCAGCCACAACAGAGGGGGGUGAUGAAGGAUCCAUAGCUGAUAUGUUGAGGGCCACUGCUGAACAGGCUAUGACACAGACUGGGUUUGUCUUUGAUGAGACCACUGGGAUGUACUACGACCACAGCACAGGCUUCUACUAUGACUCGGCCAGCCAGUUGUACUAUGAUGCCAACACAGGCAUUUAUUACUACUAUGAUGCAGAAAGUGGGCGAUACCAGUUUCAUUCCAGGAUUGAGGUGCCUGCUGCACAAACUGAGCCUUGCCAAGACAAGAGCGUUGGUGAAAAGAAGGGCAAAAAAAUUAAGAAAGGGCUCAAGAAAACGACGCAAGAUAAGGAACUCUUAUUUGAUGAGGUAAAGUUGGAAGAAGAAGAAAUUGACUGGGUUGAAAAGCCGACAGCUAAGAAGAACACAGAGUCGCGAAAAAAACUGAAGCGAAGGUCCCGCAGUCCAGAUGUGAUGUCACGUAAAAAGGACUCUUCCAAGCACAGAGAGGAGAGUGACAAAUCUUCGUCGAAGAGGAAGAAGCAUAAAUCAAGUUCACACGACGAUGAUAAGGGUCGGUCAAGGAAGAAAAGGAAGAAAGUCAAGGCAAAAAAGCAGAAGAAGAAAAAGAGCCCGGCUCAGAGCGAUGAAUCAGAGGGGAACAGCGAACCGGAAGAGGGUGAAAUCACAGAGUCUGAGAAAGAGGAGUGGGAGUCCACUCCCUCGUUCUCAUCAUCUUCUAGCUCCAGCCCCGAGGAAAGCCCAGAAUCAGAAAUGGAGACUCAGAGUCAUGAAGUUGGAGAUAUUUGGCCACCAUGUGUAAGAGUGACAGUGGUCAGAUCUCCAGUGCUGCAGGUGGGAACUCUGUUCAUCAUCACAGCCGAUUCUCCAGCCACCAUUGGCAGAGAGAAAGACAUGGACCAUGCAAUCCGAAUACCAGAAAUGGGAGUCAGCAAGUUCCAUGCAGAGGUGUACUUUGACCAGGAGCAGCAGAGCUACAUGCUGGUGGACCAGGGAAGCCAGAAUGGAACAGUUAUUAAUGGCAACAGAAUCUUGCAGCCUAAAACAAAGUGUGAGCCACACGCACUGAUGCACGGCGAUGAGGUGAAGAUGGGAGAGACUGUGCUGUCAUUCCAUAUCCACUCAGGGACGGACACCUGUGAUGGCUGUGAGCCGGGUCAGGUGAUGGCUCACCUCAGCAAGCACAGGAGAGAGGAGUGUACAGGCCCUACUCUCACCAAAGAGGAUAAAGAAGCACUGAGACAGAAGGAGCUGAAGCACAUGAAGGCCAAAUAUGGUCUGCAGAGUACUGAAUAUGAGGAGACCAAAGCCCUGAGGAACCCCAGAUACCAGGACCGAGCAGAGUCUCGACGGCAGACAGUGGGCAGUGAAGGCGUCUUCCAACGAGAUGAUGCACCUGCUUCUGUUCAUCAGGAGAUCAGUGAAGUCAAUAAAGGGCGGAAAAUGCUGGAGAAGAUGGGCUGGAAGAAAGGAGAGGGACUGGGUAAAGAGGGAACUGGCAUGAAAGCCCCGAUUGAACUGAAAAUCCGGAAGUCCCAGUCAGGUUUGGGUGCUGGUGCCACCAUGUCGCUAGACAGCGUCUCUGUGAGCAAAUCAAAAUCCCAGAAGAACUGGGAGAAGGCACGCGAGAGAUUUGCAGAUUCGUGCCAGCAGCCUGACAUGUUGUCACCUAAAACACAGAAGAACAAGACACCCAAAGCCUGGGUCAAAGGAGAAGAGACCGAGACUACAAACACACAAGCAGGAGUUGAUACAGACGGCCAAAGUCAGAAAUAAGACAGUGAAUACAUCAUGGAUUUGAAGGCUGGGAGGUGUGAUGCAUAUCUUUCUGCUGCCCAAGGACAUGUGAUAUACUGUCUGGAAAAUAAAGUAGGAAAAAAGUGUUAAUUUACAGCCUUCAGCAUUAAAAAACAUCAAUGAAGACCCAGCAACCAGAUUUUCAGCUUGGAUGACUGUUCAGAAGGGAAAAGAAUGUGACUGCAAUUAUGUCACCCUGAUUUUUCUGUCAACACUAUCAACCGUUUACCCAGUUCUGUGUAAUAACAGAAUUUGUUAAAAUCACUAGCUGUGGUUAUUGAACAUGUUUUCUUUUUCUCCUUGUGAACCGUGGGGAAUGUUUACAGUACUUAAAACUCUGCUGAAGAGAAGCAGUGUUUGUUCACGGUCCAAUUGUGCCUGUAGUCCAACCCACAGAGGGCAGAGCUGCCACUGUGCCUCCCAGAACAAAAAGGACAUGAAUCGCCUCAAGCAAAUAUUGACACAAUGAAGCUAUAUUUCUCACAAUGAGAUCAUGCUGUGAUGAACGACUGUGGAUCCGUUUACUCAACCCUGUAACUGAUCAUGUUAAACCAGUCACAGCUACUCAGUGUAUCAGUGCCACAAAUAAAGUUUCAUAUAAAAAA